GUUUUGUCCACAGAAGCAUCCAAAAUGAAGACUUUGGGCCUCAUCUGCCUUUUCCUCAUGGUGUCAUUGGCUGAUGCGCGGCCAAAGUGUCCAAGCGGGCACACUCAAAUUUACCCCUGCAAGUGCGCAAGAAGCGAAGACGUUGGACUUCAUAUCGUGUGUGAUGACGUCAACUUAGCCAUGAUGUCUCGAGGAUUAGGUAAUAUAGAACAUCCGAUUGCUAACCUCACUAUUACCCGAUCGUCAUUCAAAAGGUUGUUCGGUGAUGUCUUCAGCGGAUUGCAAGUCAUAAACUUGACCGUUGCUCACGGAUCUAUUGCUUCCGUCGCCACGGACGUUAUGGACCACUUCAACGAGUCUCUAAAGUUGCUCAGCUUUGAAGACAAUGCCCUGUCUGAGAUUCCCGUCGAGCUUAUCAACAAGUUCAGGAACCUGACGUCACUAAACCUCGCUCACAACAGAAUCGAGGUUAUCCCUGCAAAUGCAUUCGGCGCCCUGAACAUCCUCUUCGAACUGCGUCUUGACCACAACCUCCUUUUCAAAGUCCACCCUUCCGCAUUCACUGGACUGAAUCGGCUUGAAAGACUAGAGUUGCAUCACAACAAGAUGGAGAAGAUAGAACGAAACACUUUUCGCGUUGCCCGAAAGAUCAAAUACCUAGACUUGUCCCACAACAACUUCACGGCGUUCCAAAAGAUCGACUUUAACCAGCUGACAAACAUGUGGUUUCUAAACAUAUCACAUAAUCGAGUGAAGACCUUCCCACGGGGUAUGUUCGUCGCCAACGCCAUCCUUCGUGUUAUCAACAUGUCGUACAACGAACUACCCGAAAUUGACGCCAACACUGUGAAAGGCGUAAGAUUCCUUCGAGACGUUUACUUCAGGGGAAACAAGAUCACUAAAGUACAUAAGCAAGCGUUCGUGUCUUCGAGACACCUUCGUACUCUGGAUUUAGCCUUCAAUCAGCUGGAAGACGUAGGGUAUGAGCAGUUCAAGGAUUUUCAGUGGCUUGAAAAACUGGACCUCAGCUACAACAAGAUUUCCAAGAUUGCCAGCUCGGCCUUCUUGAAAAUGUACCAAGUUCACAUUGACCUCAGUCAUAACAACAUUAGCUUCAUUGGAGACAUGGCCUUCCAGGAGUUGUCAAACGUCACCGUAUUCGAUAUGUCGCACAACAACAUUACUACCAUGCCGAAAAAUGCGUUUUACUUAUCUGAUGUCACCGUUCUUCUCCUCAAUCACAACAACAUAAGUGACUUCAAUACCGUUCCCGUUGCUAACAUCACCGGCAUCAAAGUGCUCAACAUAACCUUCAACAAGAUCAACGAACUCAACCGAAAGGCGUUCACAAAGAAGCGGCUAUACGAGCUGCACACGGUAGACUUUAGUUACAACAACAUUUCUGAAAUAUCCGGAUCGGUUUUCGAGAAAUUAGCCGGCGUGCGAUUUUUAAACCUCAGUCACAACGUGAUUAAAAAGAUUGGCUACAGCACUUUCGGGUCGAUUCCGACGCUGCUCGAGCUGGACAUCAGCCACAACAAUAUCAGUGAUGUCAGCCACGGCGGGCUCUCGGCCAUGGUCAGUGUUCGCCUGAUAAGGGCCAACGACAACAAGAUUAAGCGAAUGUUCAAUCUUCCCAUAGCGUUGAACGAACUUCAUCUGCAAAACAACCGGCUCUCUCAUUUCGGCCCGGGAACAUUCAGGUCGAUGAAUUCCAUGUUGAGGCUCUACCUCGAUAACAACAAUCUCACUCGACUCGAGAGGGGGUCAUUUACUAAUCUGCUCACACUGCAAACGCUCUCUCUCGGAAACAACAGCAUUGACCGGGUGCCGUGGGAAGCGCUAGAAGAUCUCAGUGCUCUCCAGUACUUGUACCUAAACGACAACAAGAUCAAAGCCCUCCCGAAGAAGGCGUUCGGACGCCUUCCUGUCGUGUUCGAACUUCGACUACAGAACAACCAGAUAAACAACGUAAGUGAGUAUGCCUUCGAAGGCAUGCUCCAGCUUCUUCGUCUCAACAUGAGCUACAACAACAUCUCCUUCAUACCGCCCGACGCUUUCAAGGGCCUCGUUUCUCUGCACACUCUGGACCUAUCUCACAACUUGCUCAAUAAACUAGAAAACAAGACCCACGGCCUCCUGGACGACCUACUGUCUCUGUCCUCCAUAAACGUCUCGCACAACGAGGUCGCUUUCGUGACCGAAAAGACGUUUCCUCGAUCGCCUUACAUUCCGUACAAGCUUAAGCACGUCGAUCUGAGCCACAAUUUCAUUUCCGUUCUUACGAACAGCUUCGACGACGGCCUCGGGAAAGCGGAAUAUCUCGACCUGCGCCACAAUCUGAUCAACGAAGUCUACCCCAACGUUCUCAGAAAUCUGACCAGCCUGAGACAUCUCGACAUGUCGUACAACGACCUGAGGCACAUUGCCAACGGCGCUCUUGUACUACCGGAGAACGUUAGCUGGGCGGACUUCAGCCACAACAAGAUCUUCUCGAUCAACCUGCAGGACUUUCUGGCAUCUCAGCAGCUGCGACAUCUUGACCUCCGGUUCAACAACGUGACUAUGUUUGAAGAGAAAUACAUGGGCAGAAUCAAGGAUGGUCUUCGCCUCUAUUACGAAGGAAACCCCCUGACCUGCGACUGCCGCGUCAAGUACCUGCGCCAGUGGCUGAGUCACAACCCUCAGGCGACCGAGUGGAACAGCGUCGUCUGCCACACUCCUCACCACUUGCACAAGCAGCCCCUCAUUGACGUCAUCCCUGACCUACUCGACUGCCUCAGCGACGAGGAGCGUGAACUAAAGGGAGACGACGACGGCUCCGUGGUAGACCUAAAGUUCAGGAUCGUGGACUCGCCAUCCAAGAGGACCAUACGAUUCGCCUGGUACGUUGCUACGAAAGAGGACGUGUCCGGUUUCAGGGCUAUCGUGAGCGACGUGUUGACCAGCAGCCUCACGAGCGAAACGGACAUUCCAUAUCGGUACAGAGAGUACACUAUCGAUGGCCUCGAGUCGUCGGUGGAAUACAGGCUGUGUUUAGUCGCGUUGGACUCUACGGGAGAAGCUCGCGGUCUUCCCAUGCGCCAGUGCAGGACAGUUACACCGGUCGGUGCUGCCACAAGGACGGUGAGCUCGGCGCCCGUGUUAAUCGUUGUGCUGGCUGCAGUGGCCACUGCAGUUUGCUCAGAGUUGUGGCUCUCGAGAAGCACGUGAGUGCGUGAGCUUUGUGCAAAACCGACAGA